AUGAGAACUUUAAUCUUCUUAUCAUUUACAGUAUUUACUGCUUUUUCAAUUGAAUGUAAACCACCUGUUAAAAAUUGCCAUUUAUGUAUGAUGGAUGAUCCAACAAAAUGUGAAUGGUGUAAUGGAGGUUAUUAUGUUAACAAUGGGGAAUGCACAGCAUGUUCAGAUGGCUGUUAUAUCUGUACUGACACGACUAAAUGCACAGCUUGCACAGAUGGUUAUCUUCUCGAACAAAAUGGAUUUUGCACAAAAUGUUCAAAAGGCUGUUCAGUUUGUACUUCUGCCACUGUCUGUACCGCAUGCAAUGAUGGGUAUUAUCUUGACGGAAGUAAAUGCACAGAAUGUGCAGUUGGUUGUCAAAUGUGUCGUGAUGCCACAUCUUGUACUAAUUGUAAUGAUGGAUAUUAUUUGGACAUUAGUUCUUGCAAAAAAUGUGCAACUGGCUGUUCGAAGUGUAGUGAUGCUACAAUUUGUAAUGAAUGCAUAAAUGGUUAUCAUUUAGACACAAAAGCAUGCAUAAAAUGUGCAACUGGCUGUUCAACUUGCACUGAUACUAACAUUUGUACUGCAUGUACGACUGGAUAUUAUAUGGACAAAACAACAUGCAAAAAAGAGGUUGCGUGUGAUGCUUCUGCAACAGGAUGUUCGAAGUGUAAAGAAGAUAAAACAACUUGUGUUUCAUGCACAGUUGGAUAUUAUCUUGAAGGAGGUAAAUGCAAAACAUGUGCAACUGGCUGUUCAACUUGCAGUGAUGCUAACAUUUGUACUAGUUGUAGUGAUGGUUAUUAUAAAAAUGGUAAUGUGUGUAUGAAAUGUGCGGCCAAUUGUGCAAAAUGUACUAAAGAUGGUUGUUCACAAUGUGUCACGGGUUUUGUUGGAUAUCUUUCUUCUAAAGGGGUGUGUACUGCCUGUUUUGCUGAUUAUAACUGUGCAACAUGUGUUGAAGACACAACCGAUACCAAUAAUGUCAAAUGUACUAAAUGUAAUACAAAAACCAACUUCAAAUACAUUAAUGGUAACAAAUGUGUUGAUUGUGCAACUGGAAAAAUCACAUCAAAUGGAAAGUGUGAUACAUCAGAAAAUGCAUGUGGAAGUGGAUGUGCUGCAUGUAUGGAAGUUGCUGAAAAUACAAAAGCAAAAUGUACCAAAUGCACUACAUCAACUGAUUACAUCAAUCUUGAUGGAACUUGUGAUAAAACUUGCAAAACUGGUAAAGUAAAUAAAAAUUCAAUGACUUGCGAAGAAUGCACUAUUAAUGGGUGUGAAGUUUGUGGCAUGGUUGGAAACGCUGAACAAUGCACCAAUUGUGGAACCAAAUACAUUUCUACCAACAAAAUUUCGUGUGUUGAUAAAUGUACCAUUGGUAAACCAGUUGAAACUCCAAUUAAAAAGUGUGAAAAGUGUGCCACUGAGAAUUGCGAUGUUUGUGACAAAGACGACAAGUGCACUCAAUGCAAUACCAAUUUCUAUCUUGUGGCUGACACUUCGAAAUGUGUUGAGAAAUGUCCAGAAGGAUAUAUGACAGAUAAAAUUGCCAAAAAAUGCAUUAAAUGCGCCGUUGAAGGUUGCGCAACUUGUGAAAAGGUAGAUAUAUGCACUGCAUGUAUGGCUGAAUACAAGUUGGAGGGAGGAAAAUGCAAUGGAGCUAAUACAGUUUUUGCGAUAAUGGCUAUAUUCGUUAUGGCUUUCUUAUUCUAA